CCAACUCGAUCAGAAACCCUAACUCAUAAAAAAAAUUGUAGCAGACAUUACAGAUAUAAAGCUUCGCGCUUGAAUCUCAACCCAUUUAAGAUAGAGAAAAUUGGAAUAUAAAAGGUUUUGCGCAAGAAUUUUUAACACAUUUAGCAAAGAGAAAGUUUUUGUGAACUUGGUUUGAGAGAGUAAUGGAAGAGAUUACAGAUGGAGUGAACAAUAUCAACAUCACUGAAUCGAAGACGAAGAAUCGUAUUCAAGUUUCCAACACCAAGAAACCCCUUUUUUUCUAUGUCAAUCUCGCCAAGAGAUACAUGCAGCAAUACAAUGAGGUGGAGCUUUCAGCUCUAGGAAUGGCAAUUGCUACAGUUGUCACCGUCGCAGAGAUUCUGAAAAAUAAUGGUUUUGCUGUUGAGAUGAAAAUUAUGACAUCUACUGUGGACAUGAAGGAUGAAUCUAGGGGAAGAUCUGUCCAAAAAGCCAAGAUUGAGAUAUUACUGGGCAAGACAGCAAAAUUUGACGAGUUGAUGGCUGCUCAAGCUGAGGAGAGGGAGAGGGAGAGGGAGAGGGACAGGGAGAGUGGAGAUGUUGAGGUGCAGAACUGAAGGAAGAAAUGUUUGCCAUAUUCAUUGUUCCAACAGUGAUAACUAUGCGUGGUAGCCAAUUCCCGUUGUUACGGUUUCUCUAAAUUUGUAGUCCCCUUGUUAUUAAGACAGCUUUGCUGGCUUGCGGCUUGAAUUUUACCCUCUAUAUGCUUCUGUAGAGAUGAUUUCAGUUCAAAGUUUCAUUUUGUUCAUAUCCUAGUUCUUUGCACUUGGUUUAUUUUGUUUUGCAGACCCAUCAAAGUUAAUUUGACAUUUGCUUUGAAAUGGAAAACUAAA